UCGUUAUUAUUCCACAGCUGAAGAGAACGGAAAUAGCCUGCUAAAACAAAACACAAACCAAAUUUUAUUUUCUCAAUAUUAAGAGAAUUGGAAGAAUCGGAAAUGAAUGUGAAGUGUUUUUCUAUUUCUUUUAAUUCGCUUUAGUGUUGUUGUUUGUUUUGGAUAAAUUGGUGGUCUGUUUGGUUAAUUUGAUUCUUGACGAUUUUGAUUAUUUAAUUGAAGUCGAAUUUGGGGCUUUAUGUUACCUGAUUAAGCUGAUUUUAGUGUUUAGUUUGAAGAGAUUGACAAUUUUCAGUUGUUUGUGAGAGUUAAUUUGAGCUCAUUUCGGUGUUUAUGAGCUGGUUAAUUUGAGCUGAUUUUGUUGCUAUGUGGUAGCCCUUCGGUAAAGUUGGUUGGUUCUUGUGUAAUUAGACUCUUGAAGGGUAGUCGAUAGUGAGUUUAAUGUUGGUAGCGGUAGUUUUAUGAAUUAAAUCAGUUGAAAGAGGGGAGAUACAAGAGAAUUUUGUUUUGUUUGGUGAAGUCAUUGUGUAGCUACCUAACCUAAAUAUUGUUCUCUAAGUCUGGUGUUUACAAUUUUCGACAAAUUAAAUGAAUUUGAAGCUUAAUUGGUCAAAAUCUGCAUUUGGGUAUCCUAAAGUUUGUAACUCUUACGGUCUAGUUUGAUGAAGAUGCUUCAUUGAAUUUCUAAAUUGGAACUUGGAAGAUACCUCAGAAAUUUGAGAAAAAUCAGAAAUUAUACUAUAUUAGAAGGUUCAAGUUGCUGUGUCUGUGCGGGUAACAGCUUCAUGACUUCUUCUGUUCAUGAUCUAUCUGAUAACAGUGAAGCUGAUGAGCAGCAGAAGCAUUCAGAAUCCCAGAUACGUUCCUCAUCACCUGUGAGUGGAAUGUCUCACCCUGGCAUCACAACCCCAGUGCAGUAUACAACUCCUCAACUUGGGGCUGGUCAUGCUAUGGCACCAGCACCUUACCCAUAUCCAGAUCCCUAUUAUAGAAGCAUAUUUGCUCCCUAUGAUGCACAGCCUUAUCCUCCGCAGCCCUAUGGUGGACAACCAAUGGUCCACCUUCAGUUAAUGGGAAUUCAGCAAGCUGGAGUUCCUUUGCCGUCAGAUGCAGUAGAGGAGCCUGUGUUUGUUAAUGCAAAACAAUAUCAUGGCAUCUUGAGACGUAGACAGUCUCGUGCAAAAGCUGAAUCAGAGAAUAAAGCUAUAAAGUCUCGGAAGCCAUACUUGCAUGAAUCUCGACAUUUGCAUGCAUUGAGAAGAGCUAGAGGAUGUGGGGGUCGGUUUCUCAAUUCAAAGAAAUCUGAUAACAAACAAAUGGAGGCAGCAUCAGAUGACAAAUCACAGCCCGAUAUCAAUCUCAACUCUGAUAAAACUGAACUUGCUUCCUCGGAUGGCACAUCCUAAAACCCAAAAAGGACCAACAUCUCAUGGAAAUGGCCCCGCAAACAACAAUUCAUUGAUUAUGGCCACAGGACUUAGAGAUUCCCUUACCAGCUGUAACAGUCCCGGUAUUUGCUUCAAUCUAGCUCCAUACUUAGAACUCAGUAGUAAUGUGUAUAGGUAUCGCAGUAAUAGGUCACGUAGGAAGUUUGCAAAGAUGAAGCAGAAAAUAUGUAUUGAAGUGCUGUCAUAGCUAGCUAUCUUCUUGAGAACAGAAUUUUUUCUGACCGUUGCUAGUUUAAGUUUAGUUUGCUGUGUGUGCAUUUCCGUGCACUUGAUAUUAUUAGAAGUUGGGGUGGUUUUUGGUUUUUUUCUAACAGAAAUUGGGGAGUCUUGGUUAUGUGACAUUAGGUCAGUGUAAAAUUAGGAUUUGGUGUUGCUGUGUAGUGAUUACUUAUUUUUAAACUUGAGUUGAUAAUAAGUCAGAAAUGUUUUUGUUUGUAUU